ACUCCUCCAGCUCUGGCGUGAUUCAGGUUCAUCCUUGGAUUAUGUGAAUCUCAGCAGGACUGCAGUUUUGCCUGGUAUCUGGAAGCAGAGAGAAGGUGUUGCGUCGUCCUUGGGAGAAAGUGGCUGGAAUUUCUGAAAAUACGGUAACUAAAGCUUUAGGAAGCUUUUCACACCAAGAAGUCAGAGCAGUAUUUCUGUUAAAUAGUGACUUUUGUCACCGGGAGUCUCUGACAUCGGGGCCCAUGAUGCCGGUAUUUUAAGAAAGAUUCUUCUACUUCCCUUUUCACUUCGUGACUGCUGUGAGCUGUUCUCAGAAGCACCUGCUGCGCUGGCUGCGGGCCGAGACGGGCCCCUGUGCGCGCUGCCGCUCCUCGGGAUCCCGGGGCACGCUCCCAUGCUCCUGUGGGCAUCUCUGCUCGUCCUCGCGCCGGUCAUUGGAGAGCUCGCCGCAGCGAAACCCGUGAUUUCCCUCCGUCCCCCAUGGACCACCGUCUUCAGAGGAGAGACAGUGACUCUGACUUGCAAUGCGUCACGCAUCCACGCAGCAGAGGACAUGAAAUGGUACCGGUGGUUCCUUGGGGCAACGGUGCUACGUGACACCCCAGGAAACACCCUCAAGGCCCGUGUCUCUGGAAUGUACAAGUGCCAGGCCCGGGGCUCACUCCAAAGUGACAGUGUCAGCUUGAUCUUUUCUUCAGAACGGCUCGUCCUUCAGGCUCCGGCCUCCGUGUUUGAAGGUGACACGCUCGUUCUGCGAUGCCGAGUGAGGCAGGGAGAGAAACUGGGCACUGUGACGUACAGCUGGAACAGGAAAGUUGUCUCCUCCUCUCCGGAAGCCCGAGACCUUGUGAUACCACAAGCAAGUCUGAACAACAGUGGCUUUUAUGGAUGCUCUGGAUUUCUGCAGGGAAAUCGUUACCCACACAGGUCAAGUGCCAGAUAUGUUAACAUUCAAGAACUAUUUCCACAACCAAAGCUGGAAGUCAUACCCCCCCAGCCCAUGGAGGGUGGCUCUGUAAACCUGAGCUGUCGGACGCAGCUGCCCCUCGAGCGGUCGGACGCUCUGCUGUCCUUCAUCUUCUUCAGGGACCAUGGGGUCAUGUUAUCGAACUGGAGCAGGUCUCCGGAACUCCAGAUCACAGUCAUCUGGAGGGAGGACUCGGGGUCAUACUGGUGUGAGGCCUCGGAAGCCGUCUCCAGCAUCCGCAAACGCAGCCACCCCCUGCAGGUCCGUGUGCACGGUGUCCCAGUGUCUGCUGUGCUCCUGGAGACCAAGCCCCAGGGGGGCCACGUGCUUGCAGGGGAGCGUCUGGUCCUCGUCUGCUCUGUGGCUGAAGGCACAGGGGACACCACGUUCUCCUGGCACAGAGAGGACACGGGGGAGCGUCUGGGGAGCACGCGUCAGCGUUCCCAGAGAGCAGAGCUGGAGAUCCCUGCUGUCGUGGGGAGUCACACGGGGUGGUACUACUGCACAGCAGACAACGGCCACGGCCUCGCCUGCAGCGGGGCCCUGAACGUCACCGUCACAGGGACUCCAGGGAACAGAAGUGGUCUUAUUGCUGCGAAAGCCGCUGGGGUUCUGCUCAGCAUCCUUCUCCUGGCAGUGGUCCUGUGGAUCUACGCCCGGCGCCAUCGGAACUCAGGACGUGGUUUUCCCGGAAACUCAGCCAGGAGCCCUCCCGCCACAGGCCCGGAAAAGGCGCCCCAGGCCGGGUGCCCUGCCCCAGGGGAGCUGCCGUGGUCAUAUGACAAAGUGCACGUCGGAGAGGGAGACUUGGUGUACUCCGAGAUCCAGUUUAUGCAGCUGGGACAGGAAGGGGCCGCCCGCACCUCCAGAACGUCUCUAGACAAGCAUGACUUGGUUGUCUACUCUGCCGUGAAGACACGACUUCCAGAGGACUCAGCUGGAGAGCUCAGAUCUCAGGAUGAAGACGCCGUGGAAAGUUAUGAGAACGUCCAAUUCGCAUGACUUGUCCCUGAUCCAAAGCCCAGCUCAAGGCCGUCCUUGGGCCCCUGGAGUGACAAGCUGGUCCCAGUGUAGCAGUUCUUCUUGCCCGUGCACAUUCACAUCCGAAACUCCCAAGUUCACCUGCUCUGAAGUGGUCAUGGGGCGGCCACCGAGAGACUUGCUCAAGUGACCAGAGUCCACGGGUUAGACAAAAUCCCACACACCUGCUCUGAGCCUAACCUGAUAUGUUCUUCAGGGUCAGAUUUAGGGGAAAGGAUGAAGGAGGGAUAAAGUACUCCUGUUGAAAACCAGAAGCACAAAUUUUGGUGAAUUGGAAUUUGCACGUCGACGCAACUGAGUGACUCAGGUCUCUGCUCAACGUGUCUCCAACAGCUGUCCCACUGGAGACCAUCUGAUCAGUCGGUUUAACUCUGAGAGGUACCUGGGUCCUUCCCAGACGGUGCCCAGAGCCACCCCUCCUGCUACACCGUUUACACUGCCAGGCUUCAGCUGCAGACAAAAGGAUCCCCGCCAGUGCUUUACAGGGACAGGAAUUUAAGCAGGAUAUUAAGUACUUUACAAAAUCAUCUGAAGAACCACAGAAGCAGCCUCUAAGUGGAGCUUCCAAAAGCAAAAGGCAACUAGGUCUGUGUUAUUUCAGACAAAGAUUUUUAACGUUAGAGAAAAGAAAUUUGAGAAAUUAAAUUAAAAAGUUAAUAGCCAUACAAAUCUAAAUUUGAGUUGGAAGUAUCAGCAUGAGCUGAUGUGAAACCCUGCUUUAAAAAAAAAAAAAAAAGAUAUUUAUUCCCUAAGUCUGUCCACUGAAAAGGCGUGGAAAUAAUUAGCAAUACGACAGCAGUGAGCACCUUUCCAGGGACUGUAGUCUCCAAAUGCUAUUUCCCCACCAUUAAAUAGCUGAUAUGGGACUAAAUCAUUCUCCCAAUAAGUGAAGAAGGAAUAAAAGAAAGAGAAAAACCACUAUCUUGCCCAGAUAUUUCACGGGACACCUACUGAUUAGAUUAUCGUUAAAACAGCCUAAUAUUCUGUGCCUCUUGGUGGAAGUAUUCAAUGUCACCUACAAAGUAUUCCUGCCCAAAAUAUCAGAACUGGAUCCCAUCAAGCUUCUAGAUCAAACCGCCAGCUCACAGGAACUACAUGAAGCUACAGUACCGCACCGUGAGACGGCACCAUGAGCGCAGUCAACGAAACCCACACUGGAAACAUCUACAGGACACAGGAGCAGGUUUCUCCAACAAAUAAAUGAUGGGUUGGUGGGGGGAGGAAGGAGAGAGG